AUGUUUAUUGUUCGAAUGGAUCAGAAUCAAUCUGUUUAUAUUUUUGGACUGGUUAUUUAAAACAAAUUUCUGAAAUUAAUUGUGUAACCUUGAUAUAUAAUAUCGAUUACUAUAUAGCGACAAGGAGAACUUCAUAUUAUACGACAUAAAUUUCUGAUCUUGCAUUUUAUUUCUUAGAAUCAGAUCAUCGGAUUGUUAUUUAAAAUCGGAAUGAACAUGAAUAACAAAGCUAUUAAUAAAUCAACUGAAUAUUACAAAAAUUGCUUUUAUUCUCAAAUUGAAAGUACCAUUGAUGAAGAAAAGCUAUAAAUGCAUACUAUACAUUACACACACACAUAUAUACAUUUAUUUGGAUGAAAUAAACAUAGGAACAUACUAAAUGAAAAAUACAUAACUCCACGAGAAACCAAAUUAAAUAUUAAUUAAAAAACAAAACGAUGAAUGUAUGACAUUAAACACAAAAGGAAAUGACACCAAUAGAAAUAAUAAUAUAAAUAGAUAUAUUGUAAUUAAUUAAAAAAAAAAACAAUGAAAAUGAUGGAACAAGUGUAACACACUGAAGAAAAAAUACACAAAUGAAAAACGAGGAAGCAUUACAGGAGAGGAGUUUAACGCACGACCGAGGAGGGAUUGAUAUUUCAUACGUUGUAGCCCACUUUCCCAUUGGAUACAAGUGUAUAACGUUCGGACAAGAAUAGAGCAAAGUCUGAUUCUGUCUUUACAUGGACGGUGAAGGGACGAUGCUGUCAAAAAACGAAUUCCACGUGAUAUGCGUCACUUUCUACAAAUAUUUCUCCCAUAGAACACUCGUGCUUCGACAAUUUUUCAAAAGUUACUAGUAGCCUAUUGUCAAAAAUACAUUUUUAUUUCCCAAGUGGCAUCAUGGGUUGAGUCAUGGGUAUCCAACCCAUGAUAGAGAUUUAGAUAAAUAACCAAAAUUCAGAUUGUUUUCAUUUUAUAUUUUGUAUUUUAAAUGAGAGAGAGUAACAAUAAAAUUCAAUUACAUUAAAA